GCUAAGGACAAGAGAUGGAGCCGCUCACAUGAUUAAGUUGUGACUGUCUUCUGAGGCUGUGGGUGUGUGAAUAUGUGUGUUUUUUCAUCGAUGAGAGAGCGAGCGUCUCACUGCUCUCAUUGUCCUUCAUGUCAGGCUAAUGAGAAGCACCAGUCGACGGGCUGCCUUCCUCCUGGGCGGGCUCUGGUUUAUAAUCUGCAGGACGGACCUCUGCUGAACAAGGAGCCGCGGCUGGGCCCUGAAAAUGGGAAGCUGAAAAUAAGGCUGUGAAUAAGGUAUAAAGAAACCCUUAAGAGCACCUACAGACCCAAAAGAAGUUGUUCUGCCAUUGUGCGUCUGGAAUUGCAACCAUUGACUCUAGAUGGGUUCUGCCUUCAUGAAGUUCUGCUGCUGCUGCUGCUGCAGCACCGCUGACGACGACGAUGAGGAUGACGAAAAGCAGCCUUUAGUACCGCAGGAUCCCUUGGAGUAUUUUAACCGUGAAGUCCAGAAGCGUCGUGAUGAGGAGACCAACCUGUGGAGUGAACCGGGAGACCCCAGCCACUCAGAGAGACAAGACGACCGGGUGCUGUACGGCCUGCUGCAGGCCAGGACCAAGACCCCCAUGGGAUCCACGGGCUAUCGGCGACUGAGUGUUGACAUUGAGGCCAUGAGAGAUACUCGUCGGGAAGUCAGAGACAAAUGGAGGCAAAUCCUGGAGAACUUAGGUUUCAUGGCAGAGGCAGACUCACUACUCAAUGUGUCAGCUGGAGCCUCACAUGACCGUAUGCGUAACGCCCCUGCAGCACGUGAUCUGCUUCAUACACUCCACACUGAGACUUCCCUCUUCAGCAGCAGAGAGACACCCCCAGAAAGAUAUCUACUAAUCCUGGAUCGUCUCCUCUAUCUAGAUGUAGCAGACGAUUUCCUGGCUAAGGCAAAGCGCUUCUAUCCUCCAAUGGAUAAUUCUGAAGAGGAUGAGCCGGGCCUUGCUAUAAACCUGCCGCUGCUGCUGGCCAGGAUGGAGGCCAGGAAAGGCAAUGCAGAAAGUGAGGACGAGAACGGGGGAGAUGGAAACUUGAGUGACAGAUCUUGAGACCUACUGGCUGCAGUAAUAAUAGACACAAGGCAGGGGGCAGUAGCCAUCAACCUCGAAGACCAGGAUGACAGAAAUGCAUAGAUCCAACCAUCAAGUGUCUUUUGCUGCUUCUUGGCAGUUUUAGGCUGAACAAUUUCUAGUUUCUCACCAAUUAUACAGCUUGAGUCUUAGUGGGUUUUUCUCUUGUCGAAAUCUUAUGUGGCUUUGCUGAUAUUCUGGUAAAUUCAAUUCAAUUCAAAACCUUUAUUUAUCCAGGUAAAAUCCCAUUGAGAUCAAUGAUCUCUUUUUCAAGGGAGACCUGCAGCAGUAGGUUCCACAAGAAGACAUAAAAACAUAAACAACAAAAGGACAUCAUACAGCAAAAUGUACAGGGAUUACAAUUUACAUAUUUAACCACAAGUACAGGUACCAACAGCAUCUGAUUUUGUAGCAUCCAAAUGUUACUGUUAGCUUGCUCAUUGUUUAGCUGUUGUGAACCUUCAGGGUAGAGAUGUUCCUUUUAGAAGAGCCUCUUUAUUUUUGUCCUAUGAUUAUCAGCCCACAUUUUAUUCAAUCACAUGAUCGGUUAAGACACUGAAUAAAUAGCCAACUGAACUGCUGUCAGAUUUUCUUAAAAGUUUCAUAAGAAUGUAUAUUUGUGUAACUUUAAACAUUUUAAAGUCUAACAUUUUGGAAAGAUAGCAGAUGGAAGUACAUUAUGUUGAACAUUUUGCAUUGGUUGUGUAUGUGACUUUUGGGUAAUGCAAAAGGGUGUUUUUUCACCUUCAGCAAUUUACUGAAAAUGUGAAAGCCAUUUGGAAGUUUGUGCAUGUGAUCACGUCCAGUUUAUGAUUAAAUAAAGUUCCAGCCUGAAGCCUGUACAGUGUCA